GCAAGACGUCGUCUUGUUGAACAGCUUGCUCCAAGGAACCCGGCUUGAAACGUGCCAGCAUGCCUUCAGACCUCCCGGCCGAUCUCCGUGCGGAGACAGCGGUCCGCAUCGGCGAGCUGGACGCCUUGUUCGAAAAGCUAUUACCACUGAUUCGCCAGUACGAAAUGGCCGGUGGUCGCCCCGAUACCAAGGUUGUCGAGUUCAAAAGCCCCGAGGACUUGCGCCGGCUCUUUCCGAUGGCCUUGCCCGAACAAGGGCAAGGCAUCGACAAGGCCGUGGCUGCUAUCAACGACAUGAUGUUGUACAGUGUCCGCACAUCGCAUCCCCGCUUUAUGAACCAGCUCUUUGCCGGCAGUGACCCCAUUGGCCAGAUUGCCGAGUUGGUGACAGCCAUCUUGAAUGUCAACUGCUACACCUACACCGUUGCUCCUGUCUUCUCCAUGAUGGAGGUUGAAGUCAUGCAACGCAUGGCCGAUCUGGCUGGCUUUGAUGUGGCCGAAAGCGAAGGCAUCAUGGUGCCGGGAGGCAGCUAUGCCAACCUCGUCGGCCUGAUCACCGCCCGCCAUCACCACUUUCCCCAUGUGCGCUUGGAGGGCUGGCGCGGCGAUGAACGCCCAGUCAUCUUCACCAGCGCCCAAGCACACUACUCUAUUCGCCGAAACGCCAUGGUCCUCGGCUUGGGCAUGAAUGCAGUGGUUGCCGUGGCUGCCGAUCGCAGCGGACACAUGCUAGCUGAUGACCUCGUGGCCAAGAUUGCCGAGGCGCGCGCCAAGGGCCAGACCCCUUUUGCCGUCAGUGCCACAGCUGGCACUACCAUUAUGGGCGGCUUUGAUGACUUCAACGCAUUGGCAGAUAUCUGCCAAGCUGAAAACCUUUGGCUUCAUGUCGAUGGUGCUUGGGGUGGCGCCUGUUUAUUGUCGGACCGCCUACGCUCCCUCAUGAAGGGCGUCGAACGCGCCGACUCACUCGCCUGGGAUGCCCACAAGGGUCUGGGUGUCCCCGUUUUGGCGGCCGGAAUCUUGUUGAACAAGCACAAAGGGCUUUUGCGCGCCUCCAAUAACAGCUCAGCCGACUACCUGUUUCAUCCUUCCUCCACAUCCGAAUAUGAUCUUGGGGACAUGACGCUGCAAUGUGGCCGUCGUGCUGAUAGCAUCAAAGUCUGGCUCUCGUGGUAUUACCACGGGCGUGCUGGCCUGGGUGCGCGCGUUGAGCAUGCCUAUGAUGUGGCCCAGUAUUUGCAUCGCAAAAUUUGCAAGGACCCGCGCUUCUUGGUCGUUGCCGAACCCGAGUACUGCAAUGUCACGUUUUGGUAUCUGCCCAAAUGCCUCCGUGGCACGACGGCAGAGGACAUUGAAGCCAACUACGAGCGCUUGGAUCAGGCAACUCAGCGCACGUUUGUUGCAAUGCAGCAGGCGGGAACCAUGAUGUUCAAUUUCAACCCGUUGACCGACCUGCACCUACCACGCUUCUUUCGCCUGAUCACCAACUCCCCUGUGCUGCAAGAAAAGGACAUGGAUUUUGUGAUUGAAGAGCUGGACCGGCUGGCUGAGGAUAUUGUGGUCUAGAUCAUUAGUCUUUGGUUAGGAAAAUAUGUCAGUCGUGUGCGUUAUGGGCCGCAGGUUGAGAUUCAUGUCUAAGCGGGCCAUGUACAGCUCCUGCCUUGCUUGUGGUAUUGUCCGCCAGUUGAUUGAUAACUGC